UUGUUUACUUUCUCUAUAUAACGCCCACCACCAGCCAUACGCAUGCGUAAUGCGCUUAUUUGGCGAAAUAAUGAAGCGAGUGUUUGUGAACUGUGGAAGCUGGCGACCGUGUCAGGUGGACUGGUGCGCCGCCAUGGCUCGUGUCCAGGUCGAGGAGAGAGAGAGAAUCAACAAAUUCUCCUUCCAGAGUGACGCCAAGUCCGCUUUAGUUGGUCGGCUGUUGCUAAGAGCAGCGGUGGUACAGAAGGAGGGGGUGAGGAAUAGAGAUGUCUUAUUUGGGAGAUCAGGAAGAGGGAAACCUGAGCUGCUGAGACCUGCUGAUACUUCAAUCAACAUCAACAUCUCUCACCAUGGUAACCAUGCUGUGGUUGCCAUGGAAAUAGGAAGGGAUGUGGGUGUGGAUGUUAUGAAACUGGAUACACCCAGGGGUCAGAAUAUAGAGGAAUUCUUUCGUACGAUGUGUCGAAACUUCACAGAGGGGGAGUGGUCUCACAUACUGGCCCCACCCACUCAUCAGCAGCAACUGGCAGCCUUCUACCGUUUUUGGUGUCUGAAGGAGAGUUUCAUAAAGGCAGAAGGCAGUGGACUGAGCUAUGGUCUCCAGAGGUUGGAGUUCAGCCCAGACCCCAUGUGGCCUCCGUCGCACCCCACCUGUUGUAGUGGGUCGGUGCUGGCAAUAGACAGACAGAGAGUCAGUGACUGGAGGUUUGAGGAAUCCCUCAUCGACAAAGAACACUGUGUAUCUGUGGCAGUCAGAGGUUGUCGUGGUGAUGAAGCCACACCUACAUUCUCAGAGGUGGGCGUGAGUGACUUAUUAUCUCGGCUUGGACCCUUGACUUCCGAAGACCACACCCACUGGACCAACUUUGUUAGUAUUUAUAGACAAAAAUAAAUGUGAUAAAAUUCCAAUUUAUCAUACAAGACAAUUGAGCGAGGGGGUGGGGUAAUGGGGAACAGUGUGAGGAUGUGAGGGGUGGAGGGAGGGUGUGAAUAGUUCAGUCGCUGUCUUCAUCAUCACUGUUGAGCUGGGCGAUGGAGCUGUCUAGAAGAGCCACGCCCACCCCGCCCGAGGACCCCGGCCCAGAGGGUGUGGUCUCUUCCAUCUCCAUUUCCUCUUCUUCCUGUGUGAUGACGUCUCUGCUGGGGCCUGGCUCCUCCUGGUCCACCACUAUCCCUCCCUCUGCUCCCUUCAGGAAACUCUGCAACGAGAGAGUAUAUUAUAGUGAAUUGUUUCCUUCUUGCUGCAAGUGUAUUUUGGGCUAACCCCAAUUCCUUUCUGCCAGUCUGGCGUCGGCCACAGCUUCGCCGGGUUCCCUCCGAUGGCUGACUUCCCUUUCCUCGACUUCCCGCCGCCAGAUGAGGGGGAGGACACUGGCCGAGGUACACUCACCGUCUUCCGCGGUGCUCGAGCCGCCACGGCUGCGGGCCGUUUGAGCGUACAUUUCAGAGAAUGAGGUGUUUUGCAGAGUCUCACCUUUUCUUGUGGCAGCUGGUGCAGCGUUGGAUGCCUUGGUCCUCACCAUUUUCAACUGCUUUCUUCGCCUUUUUCUUGGCCCUUGAGAGAAUGUCGGAAAGGAU